CCACGGGCGACAUGUUUCAGGCCCCGGAGGGCGAGGGCGCCCGGGCCGGCUCCAGGGCCAUGAAGCCCCCGGGAGGAGAGGCCAGCAAUCUUUUUGGAAGUCCAGAAGAAGCUGCUCCUUCCAGCAGGCCCAAUAGGAUGGCAUCGAAUAUUUUUGGACCAACCGAAGAGCCUCAGAACAUCCCUAAAAGGACCAACCCUCCAGGGGGGAAGGGAAGCGGCAUCUUUGAUGAAUCCACGCCUGUGCACACUCGACAGCGUCUGAACCCACCUGGCGGGAAGACCAGUGACAUUUUUGGGUCCCCAGUUGCUGCCGCUUCUCCUCUGGCACACCCAAACAAACCCAAGGACCACGUGUUCUUAUGUGAAGGAGAAGACCCCAGAUCGGGCCCUAAAGCCGCAACAAGCACGUCGCCCAGAGAAGAGGCGGGUGAGAAGGGAGGCCCUGGAGAAGCGGGCCGCGCCCCACAGCCGGUGCCCAUGCCCACGGGUGACAGCCAUGAGCCCAGGUUGGGCCCGCGGCCACGUUCUCACAACAAAGUCCUCAACCCGCCUGGAGGCAAAUCCAGUAUCUCCUUCUACUAAGAGGGGCUGCUGCUUCACCUGUAGCCAGACGAGGACCCCGAGAGAUAGGAUUUCAAAUACUGUAGUUUCUUUUAGCCCAAAGGAGCCGAGUGGGGAGAGGGGCUGCUGUGCCCCUGAAGACACUGCUCGCGGAGCCGGCGGACCUCACCCACGGGCUGCCAAGACCUGGCCUGGUGGGGAUAACACAGGACUCACUUGGAACUGCAGAUGGGACGGUGCUCUGCGAGGGGCGUGCGGCAGGUGGUGCGAGGCCACGGGAGGCCUGGUGGGGUG